UGGCUCGACUCGAACCUGACUCGACUCGCUUGCUCCCUCGCAGAUCUGCAACCUCGCCCAUCCGUUCCCGUCCCUUGUUUUUUUUUUCGCCUUCCUGGUCCCAAAUUCUCCACGCCAGCCUGAUCGGCUCAAGGCUUGCUCGCCCGUCAGGCACGCACAGCAGCGCAUGUACCCAGGUACCCGCUUUGAGAAAGCCAUGCCCCCCAACCACAGUCCGUCGCCCUCACCGCCGCCCAGUGGUGCUCGGCGCCAGCUGGCCGAGAGUAAUAAUAGACGACCGUCGCCGUCGCGCGCCCGGAGCCGAAGCCGCGGGCCUCCGGCGAGGCAAUCCUCGCUCUCUCCCUCCAGGUCUAGAGCUAGUUCCAGGUCCAGCUUCAGGUCCCGUGACCGCUCUCGAUCUAGGGACCGUGACCGAUCACGUUCCAGGGACCGUGGCACCAGCGGGAGGUCGCGGAGCAGGCUCGACGACGAUCGGAGGAGGAGGCGGGCCGGCUCCCGCGACUCGCGUGCCUCGUCGUUUUCCUCGCGCUCUAGGUCGCGCUCUAGGUCGCGCUCCACGAGGCGCUUCUCCGGCGACGACUCGGCCGCCGAUCGCAAGCCCCGCAAGGCGAAGGAGACGGCCAAGGAGAAGGAGGAGAGGAAGAAGAGCGAGCUCAAAGCCUCGGCCGGCUUCCUGGGCGCCGUUGCCGUCGCCACCUUUGCAGCCCACAAGCUCUGGCCCAAAGGUUACCUGUACGGCAGCAAAGAGGAAUGGGAGACUCGACCUGUCCCGAAGAAAGUUAGGGAGGAAAUCACGGAAAAGCGCGUCGAGAUUCGUCAAGAGGUCGAUAGACUUCGUGGCCACCGCCCCGCUGGCAAUGGCGAGCUAUCGCCCAACUCCAUGUCGUCCACGGCUGCUACUUUUGGAAGUAUAAGGGCUGGUGGUCAGGACAUCGACCCCUUGAGGCGUCGCCCCGAGUUGCUACAGCGACCUGCCGGGAACAACGGACUGUCGCCAACUUCUAUAUCUUCCAAUGCCGCCACUGUGGGGAGCAGCCAGAUCGGCGGGCAGGAAUUUGACUCCCUAAGACGCCACCCCGACUUCACUCAGCGUGACGACAACCGAGUUUACUAUGAGUCUACUGAGACUAGGCGAUACCCCGCCUCGGGUUACCGCCCUGACAGAGGCGGGCCGCUGCCACCACUGAGGGAUCCAUCCGACCGCGGCCCUACCUUUGAGGAACGCGAAGGCCGCCUGCUCGUCGCGCCGCCGCCAAGGCGCGACAAGGUCUUUUAUUCAACGUCACCUGGGAGGGAUCGCCACGAUGAUGCCCGCUACGCCGUCCCUAUCGGAUCCGAGCCUCGCCGGGCCCCAUCCAACCGCCUGGUCCAGAAGACCAGUGAGGAGGUCCAGUUUGUGCAACAGUCGUCCCCCGCCCGAGCGACAGUGGAAAGGACCACUAGCAGCAGCAAGGUGCUGCUCGAUGAUGAUCCCUACGCCCCGCGGGACAUGGACCGGCCGUCCCGAUAUCUCGACGACGCUGGUAGGAAAUACGUGGAUGACAGGGACUAUCGCGGCGGCGGGGCCGUCCGCGAGACCCGCCGGUACGAAGAGUAUAACUCGGGCGAGCCAUGUCGGGAUCGGGACCGGGUCAUGGACGACAAAGGCCAGCAUGGCGAUGUAGUCCGCGAGACGCGGCGGUACGAAGAGUUCACCUCGGGCGAGCCACGUCGAGACCGGGACUGGGACCGAGCCCUAGAAGACAAAGACCAUCGCGGUGAGGUGGUCCGCGAGACGCGGCGAUACGAAGAGCACACAUCUAGCGGGGAGCCGCGUCGGGAUAGGGAGCGAGACCGGGCCCUUGACGAUAAAGAUUACCGUGGCGACGUGGUCCGCGAGAGGCGACGAUAUAAAGAACAUAGCUCCGGCGACGAGACGCGACGCUAUGAAGAGUACAGCUCUGGCGGCGAGCCGCGCCACGCAGACGAAAAGGGCCACCGCGGCGCGGCGGUCCGCGAGGUCCGACGGUACGAGGAGCACACCUCGGGCGAGCCGCGCCGCGAGCAGGUGCGCCGCGAGAGCACUAGGGAGCUGCAGCACCGGUCGUCAUCGCCGCGCAACCGCGUGCACUGGGAGCGCGAGGUGGAGCGGGAGGACGACAGGGGGAGCGGCGUCGAGAGGCACCGCGAGAGGCGCUCGCACCAGGAGCAGCGGCCCGCCGCUCCUGCCGAGUACGUCUCCCGGGAGCUGGUCGUCCGUAGCCGCCAUAGCCCGGACCCCCCGAGGCGCGAGGCGGGCGAGGGGGCAAGGGGAGGAGGAGGAGGGUACAGGGACAAGGAGCGCGAGGCGUUGGCGUACCAGCGGGCCGGCAGGAACGCGUAUCUGGGCAACGCCGACACGGUCUCCCCCGGGGCCGAUCAGUGAUGGGCAGGCAGAGGUGCAAGCUUUUUUGGAUAUGGCUGACCAACCCCAUCUUCAUGCAUGUAUUCGUGGCACACUGGAUGCAGUGGGUGAUACCAUUUUGCUUUUUUUUUUUUUUGCCAGACUUGAAGUCAACUUGCCUACGCAAUCCCAUGCGCUUGUUUAUUCCUGGCUUGAGCUGCUGCUGCGAACGGAUACCACUUGGGCGAUUUUUUUUUUAUAGAUUUAGAGCCUCUGGUUAUUUCAAGGCCAUUACAUUGACGUGACCCCCCUCCACCCUGG